AUGACAACUCUAAAAGAAAAUAAAGUUGGUCUUCUCGACUUACCAACGGAGCUUCUAUAUCGGAUUUGCGAUUUUCUGGAUACAAAAACGAUCGUUCGAUCGAUUCGACAUGUUUGUACGCAACUAUUUGCUGUUACAGAAAGUUAUAAUCGAUAUAAGAUUCACGUUAACUCAAUUGCGAUGAAAAAUAUCUGCCGGAUUAUUCCAUUGGAAAAUGUUUUACUAUUAGAAAUCGAUGAUAACAACAGUGUAAUUAUCGACAUUCAUCGAUUCCAACGGCUUGAAACAUUAGUUCUUCAUCGUGUGGAUAUCAAUGAAGUCAAAUUGAUUUUACGGCAUGUGAUAAAGAAUUGUAACUUAAUUACAUUCUCUCUCGAUGUAAAUCCCUUAGAGAAUGUAGAUGAUUUAUUGAAUUUAGUAUCCAUGAUUCUCUUACAAUCCAGUCUUCGCCAAUGCAUUUUGAACUUUAAUCUGAACAACGUCGAACGAUUUCUAUGGCCGUUUUCGUGUCGAGCUACAAACCAUUCGCCUAAUUUACAUGCUCUCAUCAUGAACAAUUGUUGGAAAGUCGAAAUCAACGAGUCAUUCCUCACGAAAUCCUACACGCAAUUACAUUCUCUUACACUAAACGACCUCAAAAUCACAAUGGAUAAACUGGAAUACUGUCUUUCUCUGUUGUCCUCGUUAACUCAUCUGGAUCUUACGAGUUCGGGCAAGCCAUUCGAAUUUAUACAUCGUCUAUCUCAGUGGGAAUACUUUCUCCGGCUGAAAUUACCACGACUUGCUCAUUUGGAAUUCUGCAUCUUCUGCUAUUGCUGCGAUUGGAAUCAUUUUGAUAGAAUGAUCACUGCUUUUCGAAAUCCAUUUUGGCUGGAAGAAAAACGCUGGUUUGUCACGUGUCAAUUUCGUGACGAUUGGACAUCCAGUUUUACUGUUUUCACCUCAUCCAAACCAUCGACUCAUCGCUCUCCUGAUAAUCAUCAUUUUGACAGAAUCGUUUGUUCGAACUCGAUUGCUUCUGAACAACAAUAA